AGAAAAACAACUAGGAAGAAUCAACCAGGAGCUCUGAGGCAGAAGGUUAAGAAAAAUGGAUAACGUUCUCAGUGAUGAAUUGUUGCGAGAAAUCUUCACCAGAUUGCCGGCAUCCCCAUCGGCGUCGUUGUCGGUUUCUUUGGUGUGCAAGCGGUGGCUCCAUCUUUACCGGACCUCCAAAACCUCUCUGUCUCUCCGCUUCUCCCCUCAGAGUUCCGCGGCUCCGUCUUUGGCCGCUCUCCUCGCUCAAUAUCCUUUUCUCUCUACUCUCUCUGUUCUCCUCUCUGAUAAGAACAGCAGCACCGCCGCCGUCAACGACGUGGGUUCCGCUUUCUUUGAUCAUCUUCUGUUUGUCAUCUCCUCUUCUUGUUCCAAGCUUAAGCAGCUCAGGUUCUUGGUGGGUCCGGUCUCUCUGUUUUCUUUGAUUGCUCUGUCGAGAACGUGUACUCAUAUCACCUCUCUCACUGUUUCUCUUUCUCGGCCCCUUCUUUUCAAUUGGGUCGCUUUCUUUUCUUGUUUGAAGGAUUUGUCUGUGAUUGUGUGUUCUAAAGAUGGUGUUGAUGGUGAAUUUGAUCGUAGUAUUGAAUAUGGGGUUCCUCUUAAUGAGGAAUUGGAUGCAGAAUUGGGUCUGGAGACUUUAUGUCUAACAGGUGUUCGAUCAGAUGAUCGGGCUGUUGGUUGGCUAUGGAGGAGCUGUAGAAGGCUCAGGAAACUCCAACUCAAAAGCUGUGAAAGCGUUGGCGAUGGAGGGUCUUUUUCAUCAUUUGUUAAUUGUGUACAGGGUCUGCAGGAGGUAGAGCUUAGAAAAUGCAGGAGUAUAGUUGAUGGGGUUUUAUUGAAAUUGUCAGAGAAUUGUGAUUCUUUAAAUUCCCUUCUUGUUUAUGAUGGUGGUAGCAGGGAGGGUUUGCUCGAAUUCAUAAGCAAUUGCAGGUGUAAUAUGCAAAAACUCGAUCUCCGAUUGCCUCUAGACCUCACCAAUGAUCACCUCAUAGCGAUUGCAGCCAAUUUUAGGGGUCUCUCAACUUUGAGGCUCCAAAGCUGUUGUCUUGUUACUGGUGAGGGUCUGAAGACUCUUGGGAUUGCCUUGGGUUCUAGUCUUGAAGAAUUGGCAAUGAUAAAUUGUGAUGUUGUCGAAAGAGAACCAGGCUUGCUCGCCACUUUAGGACAGAAUUUGAGGACGUUGAAGAAAUUGGAUUUGUCUUACAAUGAAAUGCUGCUUGACAAGGAGUUUGUUUCUAUGCUGGCAUCUUGUAAUAAUUUGACAGAAUUGAAGUUAAGAGGGUGCAGAUGGCUCACUGGGGCUGCUAUGUUAUCUAUGUCUAAAAGCUGCAAGCAAUUAAAGAGUAUUGACAUUAUGAAUUGUUGCAGUAUUGGGGCUAAGGCUGUUGAGUUGUUUCUCCAGAACUCACCGCGUUUGAAACAGAUUCAUGUUGACGAAAGCAAGCUUUCUGAUGCUGCAAGAACAUGGCUGUCGCAUAAAUUUGUGGAGGUCAUUGUUUGUUGAUGAGUUGACAAUUGAAGUUUACUCAUAAUUUAUUGAAGUUAUUGAACUUUCAACAAAAUCAUAAAAUAAAGGAACAGAAAAUUUCACAGAAAUUGUUCUGCAUUCAUUGUAAAUACGUUUCUGUUGUUUAUGUUCUGAAUAAAUGUACAUAGAAAUGUGAUGGCCAAAAGAAAAUGUACAUAGAAAUGUUUGAUAUCUCAAUAAGACAACCAUGUUUAA